AUGGCUCUGACCAUCAAACACCUCAACGGCGACGCAUCCUUCCUUUUGACCUUUGAGCCCCUCGUCUCUGGUCCUCGCGACCCUGAUGCCGCGAGCCCUACCCCCUUCCGCAUAUUACUGGACCCUUGGAUCACAGGGUCAUCAACCAUCUUUCACUCAAAGAUAUCCGUCUCUACUCACAAGCAGCCGGCUUGCAUCUCCUCGCUGCAGGAGCUGCCGGAACCCGAUCUCGUCGUCAUCUCGCAGCACAAGAGCGAUCAUUGCAACGAGGCCACCCUUCGACAGCUGCCCGCCUCUGGCACCAAGACUUUGAUUCUCGCCGAGCCAGCAUCGGCCCGCGUCAUCAAGUCGUGGAAGUACUUUGACCGUCAAAAGGUUCGCACAAUCCCCAAAUGGGGUGAGUCUACCGAGCAAGGCCGUGAGGCCCUUGUGCGCAUUCCAUUGCCGCCCCUGGUGCCUGGCGGCGAACCCGGCGAGGUAACCGUCGCCUUCAUCCCUCAGCGGAGAGACAUAUCCGGUCUGCACAGCGCUGUCGGCAUCACUUACCGCCCGCCUGGCACGUCUGUCGCCGCCGCCGCCGCCACUCAUAUCAACCACGGCGGCGCAUGGCCCUCACGACCCCCCUCGGUCCGUAGGGCCUUUCUUCACCCUAGAUGUGCCAGUCCCGCCCUGGGUCCUGGUCCCCAGCCCAUGACGACAUCAUCCGUCCUCACGCCGCCCGAGACUCCAAACUCGUACCGCUCCAAUGCAUUCCCUCCAUUCGCCAAUGCCGCCGACUGCAUCCACCGCCACCCGACGCAGACUCCGUUCGGACUACCCCCGACGCCCACGUCUCUCCGCUCAUCCCGAUCCACAUCCUCGCUCCAGCUUUCGCGGCAGCUGUCGCGACUCUCGACGGCGGCGACGCAGACCCCGCGCAGCCUCUCGCUCCUCUACUCUCCGCACGGCAUCUCGACGACGUCCCUCUCGUCCUACGUGACGUCCCAUCUCGUCGCCGAGGCCGCCCUCCCGCUGACGGCCCUCCUGCACUGCUUCGACGCCGUCAGCAACCCCUGGUGGCUCGGCGGCAACAUCCUCCUCGGCGCGCCCGCGGGGCUCGAGACCGCCACCGCACUCCGCGCCCGCGCCUGGGUGUCGGCCCACGACGGCGAGAAGGAGCUCAGGGGCAUCGCCACCGCCCUGCUAAAGACGAAGCACUACCGCCGGGAGAACAUUGUCGAGGCCGUCAGCCCCGCCCUGCAGCGGUACAUGCAGCAGCAGCAGCAGCAGCAGCCGGCAGACGAGUCCGAGGUUGCUGCAAGUAGCCGCGCGAGCAGCCGCCGCAGCUCCGUCGUCGGGAGCGACGCGGGAGGCAGAGGGGGCAGGCCGACUGAGAUCUUGGCGCUGGGUAUCGGCGAGCAGGUGGUCAUCUGCAACGACGGCGUGUGGAACGCAGAGGUUGCUACACCAGAGUCGCCUGCUCCUCCUCCUCCUCCUCCUCCUGAGCCCGCGUGGGCGCCCCCUCCUCCACCAACAAUGCAUCGUCACAAACUGAUGCCGAGACCGAUGAGCCCGCUUGACUUUGACCCGGCCAGCUUUGAUGGGUCUGUGCCUUCCAUCGAGGUCGAUGAUCUGCACACAGCCAGAGGACCUCAGUUUUGCCGCAUAUGCUGA